GAGUCUCGGGGUCUCGGGGUGCGGCAUUAGCCGAAGCCUCCAUCUAAAUGACCCAUUUUGGAAAUUGAAACUCAGAGACUUGACACCGCGUUGUCUGCCAGAGAACACUUUUCAUGAGCUCAAGAUCAGCUGCAGAGGUCAAAGUGCGUGGAGAUGAAGCUUAUCGCAAAGGUUGCUUCUCUCAUGCACGGGACUUCUAUCUGGAGGCGAUUAAACUUCAGGAAACUGUUACCUUGAGGUCGAAUGUGUCCGCGGCCCAGUAUGAACUUGGAGAGUACCAGGAGUCCAUUAGGAACUCUCAGAGAGUCAUUUCCCUUGCCGAGAAGGGAAUCGAUCCUAAUGCUUCUCCUACUUUCCAAAUAAAGAACAAACUGAGGAUCGCUCGGUCGUUCAUUGCAUUGCGGAAACUAGAUGACGCGUUGGACAUGCUGAAUUCUUUGUCUGGCUAUGCGGGUAUAGAUGAGAAGACCAAAACAGUUUGUAUGGCCUUGUUGGGUGCCAUUAGUCACUUGACUGGUCUUAUUCCAGAUAACAGGGCAGGAGCGGAAGCCAGGCUUGCGUCGGUACCCCGUUAUCGUCCUGCGUUAUCACCAUCCAUGGAAUAUUACACGGUCGGCCAAGAUGCUCCUCAAAGCCUCUUGGGGUGUCCGCAGAUAACGAAUCCCUCUGAGGAAGAGAAACGCAGAGCUAAGAUCGACUACAAUCGUUUGCGUAUGCAUCCAUCCGAGCAAGCCUUGAAAGGCUUGUCUGAUUGGAAGUUUUCUGCUCUGAUGAUUGGCUCAGGGGAUGCUCGCAAUCUCUACGCGACGCUUCUCGAUAUGAGCCAACAACUUCCUGCGCCAAAACUCAAGAGCGAGCGCAAGUCGCAUGGGCCCAAGUUCCAUUUUACCUUGGUUGACAUACAUCCUACCUCCAUCGCCCGGAACCUCGUGGUUCUUCACACGUUGGAUGAGCUUGCAAGAUUCCCUGGGAAACACGUCCAGACGAAUAAAAGGGCACUGGAUCUCCUGGCCAUGCUGCACUUUGUUUGGUCUUGCGCGAUGCCCCCACGAAUCUACCGUACUCUGAUGGACAUCAUCGCUAAAAUUCAUGCAAACCCAAACCUCGAAUGGGUAGUUCUCGAGCCUUCCACCAUUAAAGGAAUUAGGCCUACCAUAAAUUAUUGGCUGAAGGAAGCAUCCAAAAAACACACCGUCGAAGAUAUUACUUCUGGAGUCCAUAUCCUUGAUAAAUCUGGGAACUUGGCCUACCUCCAAGCGCUGGGGUUGCCGGGGAAUGAUGUCAGCCAAUUGCAGAACCAAGCAGCUUCCGAGCGUGAUGCAAUGAUAUCGAUGAUAGCGCCUCAAAUGGAGGAGAAACUCAUCGCACAAGGGGAGAGGCCAUCUGAGGCCAAGAAGAUCGUUGAGGGAAUGAUGGACACCGGCGUUCUGGAGACUGUGUUUGAAAAUCUCGACAUCAUGGAGGGGUCGGUGAAUGAGAGAUCGCUCUAUAAUGAACUCCGAGUUCUUUGGCCGCCGACUCACCUUAUGUCAGAAGAACCUCCAAUCCUUCAGGAGGUCAUGAACAGGUCUCGAGCGGUGUACCAAAAGCCGCCAGCUGAGAAGGUAAAUUUGGCCCGUAAGGCUAUUCUGAGGACAUGGCUCCCGAAUAUAACAUUCACUUCUCCUGAAUGGCGCGGCUCUCUGAGCCAUGAUCCAUUCAGAAUUGCCAGCGAAUUCUUCAAUUCUCAAGUGCCAAAGAAUUUCAAGCCUGAUGACUAUACAGCCUCCCUAUAUGAUUAUUCCGUUGCCUUUUUCUCUCGCGCUGCCGAGGGGGUCAGAAAAUCAUUCCAAUAUCCAAGCAGUUUGAUGAUCGAGCUGAUCGCUAGCGAUGGACUUCGUGCAAUGGAGUGCAUUCGCCUUUCGUCGUUAGGACGUGAGCCUGAAUGGCCCAUUUUAUACGAUCGCAUUCAUCUAAGCAACGUCCCUGAUUAUACAGGAGGCGCACUAACAACAUUCACCGUAGCCAAUGCUCUCCUAAAACCUCAUCCUUGUGCAUGCAUCAUGUUCGCUUGCCUGCUUAAUACAGGAUUGUUCGAGAACGGGAUAGGAGGUCCAUUCGACAUCUCCAUGAGCUCUUAUAUAUACACGUAUACCGGGGUCUCGCUGGACGAAGUUGAAGGCGCUUUCGGUGUAAAAGCUGAAACCCCGUAUUCUUACAUGGCAAACUAUAUUGCUUUUUCUCGUAUCCCCACAGUGCCCCGGGAGAAACUCUUGAGUAGGCAAAGGAUAACACGAGUUAUGGAACCCUUGAAUAUUCAUGCUUUCUUGCUGUUCGUCAAAAGGCUAGCGGAUAUCGGAUACCCUGCACACUGGCUCGCCGACGUGAUAGAGAGGAUUCUCGAGGAUCGUGCCGUGACAGAUGCCGUGCCUGCAACCGAGAACCCAGUCCCAUUGAGAAAGCUUAGGGAGCAACACCCUGGUACAAAAAUUUUUCUGGGUCCGUACCUGGACGAAAUCAGGACAGCGACCACACUAUGGGCGCUCCUCCUACCAUUCACGGUCUGUUCACCGUGCAUGCUGUCCAUCUGCGAUAUUGGGGCAUUUCAGAUUACGUUCUCUUCCGUCUACCCGGACAUGAUUAUCCUUGGAUCAGAGCGCGUCAAUGCUCUUGCUCUUCGGCUCGCAAAAUCCUCAGCGUCGGUGCCAGCAUUAUCGUUCUUUCGACCACAGCCGGAUGUUAUCAUGAUUUCCACGUUGGAAUGGCAUCGUCAAUCCAAGACAGCGACAUUUUGGAUGUCGAAGAAUGCUUUAGCCGCGCGUCGCUCAGCAGGUUUCCAGAUCGAAUUGUGGUCCUUGCUUAUGACUCGCGGUGUUACUCAGCCCGAACCGCUUACGGAUGUGGUGUUUUUGGAGGGCUAUCUAUGCUUUCCUAGCAUCAUCAUCCGUUACCCCGCCUCAGCUUAUUAGUCACAAGCAGGUCAUAAUACCCCUAUCUCGGUCCAAGCUAGAGUAAGAGAAAAUUGAAGAGGUCGAUUUCCCUCUGGCGGGCAAGCUCACCAAACGCCACUCCGCAACGCGCAUCUUUGUACCGUGGCACCCGGGAACCCUGUAUGAGUGAAAUUGUCCCCUACCGUGGGAAAGGGACUCCAGGAUACAUGUCCACUCAGUUUUAUCCCCAACUGGGUAUAUCAAGAGCAGUGGAAUCCUAUGCGUUCGUUCCUUCUUCAGAUACCAUCGAAGCGUGGGGGGGCCGUAAAGGAUAGAACUUUCAUAUGAACGGAUGGCUUCCGACGGUGUAAAAACGGCGCCUCUUUCGAUGAUUCAUAUACAAGUGCAUCCUGCUAGAUUUCCGGAGACCACGUGCAGAGAUGCGUGCGAACCAAACGAGACAG